AUGGAGGCGGACUUCGGGCAGGGGCAUCGCGGGACCCCCUGCGGCUGCGUCGUGUGUAGACAGCGCUGGGCAGGGGACGGACGAGCCCCGGAGCUAGGGCCCGGGGCGCUGCGCUCUCUGCAGCGCCUUCCCCUCCUUCCUCCCCUCCUCGUGGGGCGGGGGGACGUUGGGUGGGGGAGGGAGGCUGCUGUCCUUGGUCCUGACCGCGAGGACCACGCAGAAGCAGCCUGCUCCCGGGGCAGCAGCCCAGACCCGCCCUGCUCAGGGGACCAAGAGCAGCCGCCCCUCCCAUCUGGAGCCCUCACCCCCACGCCCGCCCCGCCGCGGCCCUGGGCUGAGCAUGUGCAGAAGGAAGCACCGCCCAGCGCCAGGCGCUGCAGCUCAGCGCCUGCAAUUUGCACAGGGGUGGUCGAGCUAUUUCAGGCCCCCGAGGUGCUUAACAGGAAGCUGGAGCACGUGGAAGGACAGAAACUCAUGCACAGGAACGACUGUGAGAACUCAGGCUGCCUGCAAACCGAGCCGAAGGCCCGGGAGAAACCCGUCCUGCGUUCACCUUGGUCUCAGACGUCCGGCCUCCAGGACCGAGAGAGUCCACUGCUGUUCCUGAAGCUGCCUCACCUGCAGCGCUUCGUUACGGUGUCCAGGGCAGACUAA